AUGUUCAAACAUUUUACUAUACUCCCCAUCUUCCUCGCACCAAUCCUGGCGUUUCCAACUCCACUGCCUUUAACAGAAACCACCACAUCUACUGAUUACGAAUCCCAAGGCUAUCUCCUAGCCCUCAACGCAUCAGCGCCUUAUUUUGCAGGAGCCGGUCCUCUCGCCGGCUGCAUGACCUCGAGUUUCACCUGGACACUCGACACUACCGCAUGUGGUAUUUUUGAUGGUACUCGCACUGUAUAUGAUAAAACUAUUGGGAUGUGGAUGUAUGCAUUUGGAAGUGAAAAGGGUCCAUGCGGUUUAGUUGAAGGUGGUCGAGUAACAUGUUCGGAGACUGGAGUUGAGAACCAGGGAAAGUGGAGUGCGCCCAACUCUACGAUAACAGGCGUGCCGUUACACAUGAUGGGCUGGACAAAUUGGCCAGUUCAAAGGUGGCCGAGCAGUGGAGUAGAUGUCGAUGUUUGGAAUACCUUGGCUGAUAACCCUGUACCGGGAGUCUACUUAAAUGGAUUUUCCAGAUCCUUCAGUGUAAGAUGGCAGGCUGCAUGA